AUGGUGACGAGUUGCAAGAAGAUAAAAAUCCUUUCGAUUUCGAUAUUGUUGGCCGACGCCAUUCGGCGCAUUCACCAAAAAGAAAGCUUGAAUGAUCUGUUUAACUUUGCAAGUGCUUCGCGGGGGCCCCCCGGGGCCUCCUGCGCCCCCAGCAGCUAG